UAAUGUACUUUGAAGUAGAAUAAUUAGGGAAGAUUGCUAUUAAGAGUUAAUUUCAAAAUGAUUUAUUGAUAUCAUACACAAGUAUUAUUUGCAUAAAAUAUUAGAUGCAUUUUCUUCUGGAUUAUUUUUGGCAGUAGGGAUUGUUCAUAUUCUACCAGAAGCAAAUGAAACUUUGUAAGAUUAUGUAGAUUAUCCUAUUGCAUUUUUGAUUACAAUAAUGGGAUUUUCUUUAUUACUAUUUGUAGAGAAAAUCAUUUUCAGAAAUGUUGAAGAAAAUCCUAGUUGUGUUGAACUAUAAUAAUUAGAUACUUAAGGACAUCAUUAAGCAAUCUUACUUGAAAAUUUUGAUCAUCAGCAUACAAAUCAAUUAAUUCAUUCUUUAAAGCAUAACUAAAAUAAUAAUCUUAAACCAUAUUUAUUAUCAACUGCUAUUGGAUUACAUGCUAUAUUUGAAGGCAUAGCUCUUGGAGUAACAAAAAGAACUUCAGAUACUUUGGCUUUGGGAUUAUCUUUAAUGGGACAUAAAUGGGCUGAAGGUUGGGCUUUAGGAGUGGCAUUUAGAGAAUCUAGUGUUGAACAAGAAAUACAAAUUAAAUUCAUAAUUUUCUCUGCUUUACUAUCUCCAAUUGGUAUCAUUAUAGGAAUGCUUAUCGCUAGAGAAAGUAUCUUGAUUACUGGGAUUGUUUAAAGUUUAACAGCAGGAACAUUUAUUUAUAUUGCUUCAACUGAGUUAAUAGUUGAAGAAUUCAAUAAAAAUUAAAAUAAGACAAUUAAAUUCAUACUAUACCUUUUAGGUAUAAUGUUAAUGUCUUUUAUUGUAUAUUUGGAGUGA